CAACACUGGGGUCUGCUAGAAGAUACCUUCAAAACCAUGGUUGCUUAGCAACCACGAUGACGUAGGACGUUGAGGUGCGUCGUCUGUAUGGCUGCGGAGAUGCAUUAAUAAUCUUGUUGUCAGCCCAAAGCCUUGAUCUGUCUCUUUGUUUGUGUAUGCAGUAUUGGAUGACAGAUGAUCCGAGAAGACAACAGCAACAAUGUCUUCAGCUCAGUCUCUGAGAGAGUUUAUCAGGGAGCGACUGAUCGCCGCUGCUGAAGAAAUCUUCACAGAGGUUGAUAAAACCAUCGUCCAUUAUGAAGAAGAGCUGGAUCGUCAGCGCAGACUGCUGAAUAUCAGCUGGAAACCCCAAAUAAACCUACAGAGAAUAGAUGUCCAACAGCAAAUUGUUUGGAACGAGGAGGGAGUUCGUCUUGACCAGUGUUUCUGCAACAAGGAGAGUUACUUAAGUUUGGACCGAGCGGAACCAGGAUCUACACAGAUAAAAGACUAUGAGGAGAAACCUAAACAUCUGCAGCUGAACAAGAACAAGAAGGAACCUGAACCUGUGAAGGGGAAAGAGACCCAAGCUGAAUUAGAAACGUUGCAUAUUGUGGGGUAUCAGGAGGAACCAGAAUCUCCAUUGAUAAAAGACAAACAGAUAGAUCUACCUCAGGAGGUGAAGGAGAACCAGGAAGGCCUUGAGUCUCUGCAGAUGAAAGGGGAACAGGAGGAACCAGAAUCUACACAGAUAAAGGAUGAACAAGAGGAACUUUGUGUCAGUUUGGAAAAAGAACUUGAAAUCAAGCAGGAGACUGAUACCUUUGUUAUAACUCCUACUUAUGGGGAAAGGGACAACAGUGAACCAGAGCCAAACAGCGACCAGCUCCAAGAGAAUCAAUACCAUGAAAGAACCGAACCUGAAGACUCAGGAUCAAGUGAAGAUGAAAAACUGAAACUAAAUAAGAGAUGUCAAAAAACUGGAGGUAGAAGUGACAGUGUAGCCAACCUUAAAGUAACAAAACAGCAGAAUAAACACACAAAUGAGAAUCUAUGUUCUUGUAAUGUUUGUGGUAAAGUUUUAGCUCGGAGUUAUUUGCCUGAACACAUGAGAAUUCACACAGGUGAGAAGCUUUUCUUAUGCACAGUGUGUGGAAAAAGUUUUCGCCAACAAAAUCAUUUGACUGUUCACAUGAGAACUCACACAGGAGAGAAGCCUUUCUCCUGUGUGAUUUGUGGAAAAAGCUUUACCCUGCAAAUGGUUUUGACAAAACACAUAAGAACUCACACUGGUGAGAAGCCUUUCUCCUGUCUGACUUGUGGAAAAAGCUUCAGGCAUAGUGGAACCUUAUCUCAGCACACGAGAACUCACACAGGUGAGAAGCCUUUCCCAUGUUUAACCUGUGGAAAGCGUUUUAGUGAUAAGAGAAAUUUAUCCCGACACAUCAGAACUCACACAGAUGAGAGGCCUUUCUCAUGUCCGACUUGUGGAAAAAACUUUCGUCAAGGAGGUCAUUUGACUGUGCAUAUGAGAACUCACGCAGUUAAGAAGUUGUAUUUAUGUGAAAUUUGUGGUUCGUGUUUCACCCAGAGUGUUGACUUGACUGAUCACAUGAGAACUCACCGAGGUAAGACGGUGUAAUGUUAUAGUAUUCUGAAACAAUGGGGUACUUCAAAACAUUCUGGGGAGAAGUUGGUUUCUGUCAUUAAUGAUUGGACCAGGUUCUUUACCAUGCUCAGACUCUUUUUACUUAGUCACAUCUUCCAUAUUUGUACAUAAAAAUCGAUGAUGAAAAAGGCUAGUGGGCUAGCACAUGGUUCUGAGUACUUUCUGGAUAUGGCCAUCUAGCGCUACCCGUUUAUGCAUUCAUAAACCUUGGUCUUAGAACAGUUCUGUCACAAAUCCCCAAAGACGAGCCACUCCCGAGUUGCCUCUGGUAAUUCUUAACUCUAAAAUUCAAGCUGGUGAUAUCCUGCACACAAGCUUUUCAAAAAUCAAGCCUGCAUUGUAGAAUCCGAUGGAGUGUGUAGUGGAUCCCGGGAGGCUUGAUGUAGAGGGUUGUGCAUGAAAUGUCAGAUGUGUGUUUUUAUGUUGUAUGAACUUUUUACUGUGAAGCACUUUCUGAUUUCAUCUGUGAAACCCUCCUAACUGCUAUUGAAGAAACUAGCAGCGUGGGUUAACCUAAAUCCCUCUUGCUGCCUAAUUUCACAAAAAAACAACGCAACAGGGUGUCUUUAGCCCACACUGAAAAGUUUUGUGAAAUGGGUAACUGUAACCCCAGAAAUGGCAAGACAAACAUUCUGCACACAUUUUUGCUGGUUGUGGAAUCUAAACGGUUUUUGGCUGAAUGGCAUGACAAAUAUAUUUUCUGUGUAGAAUUUUGGAGUUCAGGAGGUGCUGCAAGCAAGUCCUGCCUGACAGCCAGGUUCAGAAAAACCUGGAUGGUGCUAAACCUGAACCUCAUGAUAAGUAAGAGCCAGCUUUUCCAGGUGACUACCUUCUUGGUCACUGUCCUGGUUCAUUUUCAGGUUGUCCUUGGCAAAUUGGCUCUCCACAGCCAAUUUGCUCAUCUUGCUCUGCAUCUUUAAGAAACAGAGAGGACAGUGGAUUGGCUGUUGCUGUGGCGAAUGUUGAACUAGGUCCUUUCUCUGCAGGAGUUUGACCAAAGUGAGAUUCUUGUUUCCUAGGGACUUGAUCCCAAUUCUGCCCACUAUGAGCACUAUGAGGAGCCCUAUUUCUACAACUAGGUGACUUGUUGCUUUCAGAGAAUCAAAUCUUACCUCUCUUCUAGCUAAAGAACAACAAUCCUCUUCGAGGGUAGGGUGCAUUGGCCUCCAGUCCUAACAUAUACCUUCCUUCCUUUUAUACUUCUCAGUCCCCUUUAUCGAUGAGUUCAGAUGCAGCUCACAUCGGUUGGACCUUUGCGUUUUUUGCUGUGACUUUGAUAUGGUUUGUAUGGCCAUUUGGCAUGCUCCAUUUGAGACUCUUCAGAAAUGUAUAUCUGAGAAAGACUUUUCUUUAGCUGCAGUCUCUGCUGCCCAGAACAUCUGCUGGGAAAAUUGAGAAAAAUUAACUGUUUUUGCCUCCUUGUGUUCUGGUAGUUUAAACAAGCCUUUACCAAAGUCUGCACAGUCCAAUUAGACUGUGAAAACAAUUCAACAUGCCCAUGCUUUUUUGGGCGUAUCUGCCCCCUCACUCGAUAUGUGCUGUGGCUACAUUAUGGAGCAGCAGGAACAUAGUCAUCUAUGUCCACAUAUUCAAUGUUUUAUUGUCUGAAUGUAUCACCCCUUUCUUUGGUCCCUAUGUGCUCAGAGGAAUCUGCAAGUACAGGCUUCCAGUAUGAUGUCUGUGUCUUGGAUUAUCUUGGCAACUUGUGUGCUAAUAUCAGAGGCAAGUUGUUGGUUGUAUUCUUGGGUUCAUCUUUUGGACUGUCCUAAGCAGCCCUUCUGCCUAAGACUGAAACAAUCCUUUGAGUGACUCAAAUUAACUUAUAAAAUAUUCUUGUGGUAAAAUCUUCAACUUGAUGCUUUGCUAAUUUUAUGUAACUGUGUACUGUUCAGGAAAAAUGUGUUUCCUUGGGGACAGUCUCUACAGUCGCACAAGAAACACUGUAGGAACGCAGACCUCAGUGAGAGCUGUACCUAACUGCUCAGCUCACUAUUCACCAUGAUGAACAGGUGACAUUCCUUCAAUUGAGGCACAGACUCCCGUCCAACCUGGAGAGGGCAGGCCGCCCUUUUCUGUUCGAGAACCAUUGUACAUCUGGAGUCAAGCAAGCUACGCCCGACUAUGUUUUGCCCUUAACUCAUAGGCCAAUGGCUCUUAAAAAAAAACAACCGUUGAAGGGCUCAACCUAUCACCGAUGGUAGAUAAAUUUGUCCAAUCGCCCAACUUACUUGCUUCGCAACAGGCUGCAAUACGCCCCAGCACAUGCUGUAGGUUCUGGCAAGAGAAAGCCAACAGAACCACGUCAUCUGCAGAAAUCAGAAAUAAAGUCUGCUGGUCCUCAAACCAGACCCUCUCAGGCCCUUAUCUGCACCUAGAAAUCGUGUUUAUGAAAGUUAUGAGCAGGACUGGUGACAAAGGGUAACCCGGCUUGAGUUAAACAUGCAACAGGAACAGGUGCAACUUAAAGCCAGCAAUGCAGACCAGACUCUUGCUACACAUGUACAGAGACCGAAUGGUCUCUAGUAAAGGGCCCCGGACUCUGUACUACAGGACCACCCCGCCACAUGGCACUCCAAGGGAUACGGUUGAAUGGCUUCUCCAGGUUUAAUAAGCACAUGUGGACUGGUUGGACAAACUCCCAUGAACCCUUAAGUACCCUGUAUAGGGUGUAGACCUGGUUCACUGUUCCCGAGACAAAAAACACAUUGCUCCUCCUGAAGCUGAGGUUUGACCAUCAGCCGAACUCCUAUCUCCAGCACCUUGGCAUAGGCCUUUCCAGGGAGACUAAGGAGUGUGAUCCCCUAUAUGUGGAACACACCCUCCGGUCCCCAUUCACAAGAAGGGAGCCACCACACCAGUCUGUGAGGCAAGGGGCACUGUCCCUGACUACCACACAAUGUUAAAGAGGCAGAUCAGCCACUACAGCCCCACAUCCAGAGACUUGAGGGAUUAAGGGCGGAUCUCAUCCACCCCAGUCCCUUGACACCAUGGAAUUUUCUCACCAUCUCUGUGGCCUCAGCCUGGGUGAUGAUUAAGUCCAACACACAACACAGUCCCCAGCCUCUGCUACCACCCCAGAAGGCAUGACAGCAGGAUUGAGGAGACCCUUUCACUGCCCAACAGUGUCCCUUGUCAAGCUCAGCAGCUGCCCCACCCACACUGUAAACAUUGUUGGUAAAGCACACCUUCCACCUCCCGAGGGACUGGACAGUUUGCCCCAGCACCAUAGAAAGAGAGUUACGACACUCUUUGAACUCGCUGAUAGGCAGUCACGUGGUUCAUGUAGCUCUCAAUAGUUCCAAACAUCUCAGCAGUGUCAGUCAGUUUGAACGGCUUCAGGCGACAUGUCGCCAGGCGACAUAACGCAAAAAGCAAAUUUUUUCACUCUUUCCUGUGACUUUUGGUAAUUAAAUAAUAAUGAACUGAUUAUUGGUUACUAAAUCAUAAUUUGAAAAUCCAAACAGAAGUAACAAUACCUAAUAUAAAUGCUCUUUCUGAUCUCCCCCGCAUGCUAGCAAAUGCUAGCAUGGGAUGCUAUAACUGUAUUCUGUGCCAGCAGCUAAGAGCUCUGAUCAAACGUACCUUCAGAUCUACAUCCUUUACUAAGUGGAAAGAUCUAUUGCCUAUGUAUUUCAAAAGAAUAUCCAAAUAUUACAGAUGGAAAAUGAGCAGGAAUUCUUA